CCCUCUUCUCCUCCAUCGCCUUUGGUUCCUUUGCUUCCCCGUACUACGUUUAGUGCGUUUAUUUUACGUUCGUUCCGUUUCUUCGUUUUUCCUUUUGUUUCCUUCUUUCUCUCUUCCUUGCGGGAGAGAGUGCGAGGUUCUCCGGCGUCCGAUUUGAGGUUCCAUUUUUCACUGUUAGGAUCGUUGGUUUUCUUAAAGGACUCGAUCAUCUAUGGCGACCCGAUCACUGACUCGCGUCCUCAGCAUGCGGGAGCGUGUUGAGGACACUCUUUCUGCUCACCGGAAUGAAUUGGUUUCUCUUCUGUCCAGCUUUGUGGAGCAAGGCAAGGGCAUCCUGCAGCCCCAUCAAUUAUUGGCAGAAUUUGAAAGGGUAAUUGAAGAGGAAGAGAGGAAAAAGCUCAAUGAGGGUCUUUUUGGAGAAGUCUUGAGGUCUACACAGGAAGCCAUAGUUGUGCCACCAUGGGUUGCAUUAGCUGUGCGUCCAAGGCCUGGAGUCUGGGAGUACGUUCGGGUUAACGUUCACGAACUUGUUGUUGAACAACUUAGUGUUCCUGAAUAUUUGAAGUUCAAGGAAGCGCUUGUUGAUGGAAGUUCCCAGGAUAGUUAUCUCCUUGAGCUCGACUUUGAGCCUUUCAAUGCAUCAUUUCCCCGCCCGAGCCAAUCCUCAUUCAUUGGAAAAGGAGUUCAGUUCCUCAACAGGCACCUUUCCUCGAGAAUGUUCCAUGACAGGGAUAGCAUGCAGCCUUUGGUUGAUUUUCUUCGAACACAUAACUACAAAGGAAGCAACAUGAUGCUAAAUGAUAGGAUUCGCAACCGCCGUGAUCUGCAAUCUGUUCUUGCCAAGGCAGAGAAGCAUCUGUCAACUCUUCCUGGCGACACACCUUAUUCAGAAUUUGAGCACAAGUUCCAAGAAAUGGGCUUGGAGAGAGGCUGGGGAGACUGUGCCGAGCGUGUUAAGGAAUUGAUUCAUCUGCUUCUUGACAUUCUACAGGCACCCGAUCCUUCUACACUUGAGAAAUUCCUUGGAAAAAUCCCCAUGGUCUUCAAUGUUGUUAUCCUUUCUCCUCAUGGAUACUUUGGUCAAGCCAAUGUUCUUGGACUUCCUGACACUGGUGGCCAGAUUGUGUACAUUUUGGAUCAAGUGCGUGCUUUGGAAGCUGAGAUGCUCCUGAGGAUAAAGCAACAAGGCCUGGAUAUUACCCCUCGUAUUCUUGUGGUCACUCGGUUAAUCCCCGAUGCAGUGGGCAAUACCUGCAACCAACGUUUGGAGCGCAUUAGUGGAACUGAACAUACAAGCAUUUUGCGAGUUCCCUUCAGAAGUGAAAAGGGUAUCCUCCCACAAUGGAUAUCACGUUUUGAUGUGUGGCCUUACUUGGAGACAUUUGCAGAGGAUGCUGCCGGUGAAAUUACUGCAGAGAUGCAGGGAACCCCAGAUUUGAUCAUUGGAAAUUACAGUGAUGGAAAUCUUGUUGCUACUUUAUUAGCUAACAAGUUGGGGGUUACACAGUGCACCAUUGCCCAUGCACUUGAGAAAACAAAAUAUCCAGAUUCUGAUAUCUACUGGAAGAAGCUUGAUGAAAAAUACCAUUUCUCUUGCCAAUUUACAGCUGACCUUAUUGCCAUGAACUUCGCUGAUUUUAUUAUUACCAGUACAUUCCAGGAGAUUGCUGGAAGCAAGGACACUGUUGGCCAGUAUGAAAGCCACACUGCCUUCACCAUGCCUGGGCUCUACCGUGCUGUUCAUGGUAUUGAUCCAUUCGACCCAAAGUUCAACAUUGUCUCUCCAGGUGCAGAUAUGAAUAUCUAUUUCCCAUAUAGUGAGAAAGAGAGAAGACUCACUUCUUUCCACCCAGCAAUUGAAGAAUUGUUGUACAACCCUGAGCAGAAUGAUGAGCACAUAGGCACGCUGGAUGAUAAGACCAAACCAAUUAUAUUCACCAUGGCAAGGCUUGAUCGUGUUAAAAACAUCACUGGUCUAGUUGAGUGGUAUGGAAGGAAUGAGAGGCUGCGGAAAUUGGUAAACCUUGUUGUAGUUGCUGGCUACCAUGAUGUCAGCAAGUCCAGUGAUAGGGAGGAAAUUGCUGAGAUCGAGAAAAUGCAUGGUUUUAUCAAAAAGUACAACUUAAAGGGCCAGUUCCGAUGGAUUGUUUCUCAGAAGAACCGGGUCCGCAACGGUGAGCUUUACCGGUACAUUGCAGAUACGCAUGGUGCAUUCAUUCAGCCUGCAUUUUAUGAAGCCUUUGGGCUUACGGUUGUGGAAGCCAUGACUUGUGGUCUGCCAACAAUUGCCACCUGCAAUGGAGGACCAGCUGAGAUCAUAGUGCAUGGUGUAUCUGGGUUCCAUAUUGAUCCUUACCAAGGAGAUAAGGCUGCUGACCUCAUUGCAGACUUCUUUGAAAGAUGUAAGGUAGAUCCUGGCCACUGGGAUGCAAUUUCUCAGGGAGGAUUGCAGCGUAUCUAUGAAUGCUACACAUGGAAGAUCUACUCUGAGAAGUUGAUGACACUUGCGGGUGUCUAUGGAUUCUGGAAAUAUGUCUCCAAAUUGGAGAGGCGCGAGACUCGGCGCUACCUUGAGAUGUUUUACAUCCUCAAAUACCGUGACCUUGCCAAGGCUGUACCACUUUCGCAGUGAGGGGAUUACGUGGGGGCAAUUUUGUGAUUCUGCACAUGCAUUUGGAGCCAUGAUGUGAAGCUGCAUUCUUGUCAAGAGCUGCGCUUUUUUGCUUUUUUUCCCUUUUGCCAUUGUUGCUUGAAUAAGUCGUCUCACUGAAAAUUUGCAAUGGUUUUCUUUGAGAAUGGUACUUUUUUGUUGGUUUAUGAUUUGGCUGUCUCAAUUUUGACGUGUUCCUCGUUGAUGCAAGUUUAUGAAAUGUUACCAACAUGGCUUCAGAAA